AAGUUUUUGAACUAUAACAACAGAGCUUGUUAGUAUUUAAACUAUCCAACGGACUACGUUACCAUGCCUCCCACAAUGCCUCAUUUGAAAACGGUUUCUAGUAUGAAAUACUACUUUGCCACACAUUAUCCAGAGGUCCAUUUACAUCACCUUGCCUCACCUGACCACACAUUGCUGCCAUGGCUCGUGUUAAAAGUUACCUUACUCUUCUGCUGCUAUUCCUUCCUGAGGGGCUCUCUCAGCUGGUGAGAACACAGCAGGUUGUCAUAGCAACCCUGGGAGAGGAUGCUCACUUCAGCUGCAGGCUCAUGAAACCCAAAGAUGUGCUUCAAGUCACCUGGCAGAAAGUGACACCAGGGGCGACUGAAAAUGUGGCCAGCUACAACAAACGAUUUGGACCAGUAGUCAACCCACCUUUUCAGAGGAACGUGGAGUUUGAAGACGAGGGACUGCAGAACUGCUCUAUUGUCAUCAGAGGAGUGUCAAGAGGAGACGAGUCCUGCUACAAGUGUCUGUUUAACGCCUAUCCAGAGGGAGCUAUCAGUGGCAGGACCUGCCUCCAAAUUAAUGUAACCUGGGACCACGUAGAAAACAUCAGUCUAGACAAAUCCACCAUGGCUGAUGUCACCCAUCCCAAUCAAACAGUCACUGUCACCAUAACUGCCAUGGUGGCAGCGUCCAGUCUACCUGACAAAGACACCAGGGUCGGGUGUGUAGCAUCAUCCGUUGGGGUCGUCAAGGAUGUCUCCAUGGUGAUUCCAACUAGGGAUCAAGCUUCAUUUGCAGGUGAGAAAUGGUUAGGGUAAAUAUCACCAUAAUAUAUAUUGACAUGAUCAGGAA